AUGUUUCUUUCUCAGAGUGUUAGAAAAACCAUGCAAUUGCUUUUGCUUUAUUUUUGUUUUUCUGUCCAUCAUCAUCUUGCUUAUGCCGACCCUCCCGAAAAACUAUGUCCAAACACAACUAAUAUUGCACAUAACAGUCCAUUUCAAUUGAACCUCAAUAAUCUACUUGGUUCUUUAUCCUCAAAUGCUUCUGUCAAGAACUACUACAAUACCUCUAUUGGGAAUGACACAGAUGGUGUUUAUGGUCUCUUUCUCUGCUAUAACUAUGCUUCAAGAGACAAAUGUGAGAAUUGCAUAGCCAAUACUGCAUCAGAAAACAUCAAAAGGCUUUGUUCAAACACUUCUGAAGCAGUUGUGUGGGAAGAGGAUUGCCAAUUGCGUUACUCUAACCAAAGGUUCUUUGGCCAUUUGGAUGUCACAGGUAACAUGCCUAGAGAUAACAAACAAAAUGUUUCAGAACCUGAUCGGUUCAGGUCUGCAGUGAAUGACACAUUACAAAACCUUACCAAGCUGGCAGCUUUUGAUCCCUCAACUGGUAUGUAUGUUACCGGAGCAGUGAAUUUUACAGACACCAACACCAUACAUGCACUUGUUCAGUGCACUACAGACCUGUCUCCAGAUGAUUGUAAUACUUGCCUUGAAACUGCGAUAAUAGACGUGUCAAGUUGCUGCUAUUUUUCUCGAGGUGCAAGAGUUCUUAGCCGGAGUUGCUAUUUGAGGUAUGAGUUCUAUGCUUUUUAUGACGGGGAGACUGAAUUUCCUAAUUCAACUCAAUUUGAUCAGGGUGCAGUAUCAACAGGUGGCGGAUGGGAGAGAUGGAUGACUCUGGUUCUUGCUAUUGGAUCAACAGUUUUAGUGGUUGCACUUCUUGUUUUAUGUACCUACUGCUUUGCAGUGAGGAAUGGAACUAUAAAAUUGAAAAGCAAGAAUUCUGGUCAAGAAGUCCAAUUAUGUGACACUGGCCACCCACAUAACACAGAUUUGCGGCACCAAAAAUUGCAAGGACAUCAGGAAUUUCCCUUUUUUGAUUUGGCAACCAUAAAUGUGGCUACUGAUGACUUCUCUGAUUCAAAUAAGCUUGGCCAAGGUGGUUUUGGCCCUGUUUACAAGGGUAUACUACCAGAUGGGAAGGAAAUAGCAGUAAAGAGGCUAUCAAGCAGUUCCGAGCAAGGUUCAGAUGAAUUCACAAAUGAAGUUCUGUUAAUACUGAAACUUCAACACAAGAAUCUUGUGAAGCUGUUGGGUUUUUGCGUAGAUGGAGAGGAAAAGCUGCUCAUCUAUGAAUACAUGCCUAACAGCAGCCUAGAUGUCUUCAUCUUUGAUCCCAGAAAACGUGCACAACUCAAUUGGAGUAGACGGCUAAAUAUUAUUAAUGGAAUUGCCAAGGGAAUGCUAUAUCUUCAUGAGGAUUCUCGACUUAGAAUCAUUCAUAGAGACCUUAAAGCUAGCAACGUUUUACUAGAUGUUGACAUGAACCCGAAGAUCUCAGACUUUGGAAUGGCAAGGAUCUUUGGAGGAAGUACUGAUGGAGAAGCUAAUACUGCUAGGAUUGUUGGGACAUAUGGAUAUAUGGCUCCAGAAUUUGCUAUGGAAGGACUAUAUUCCAUAAAAUCUGAUGUUUUUAGCUUUGGAGUUCUCUUGCUUGAGAUCAUUACUGGUAGGAGGAAUGCAGGAUUCCAUCUCUCCAAACGCGGCCCUAGCCUUCUAGCAUAUGCAUGGCAAUUAUGGAAUGAAGGACGAGGGCUGGAAUUGAUGGAUCCUUUAUUGAUGGAUUCAUGUUGCCCCGAUGAAUUUCUGAGAUGCAUGCAUAUUGGACUAUUGUGUGUUCAAGAGGACUCAUAUGAAAGGCCUACCAUGUCAUAUGUUGUUGUCAUGCUCAAAAGUGAAACUGUCACUCUUGCGCCACCUGAAAGACCUGCCUUCUCGGUUGGGCGAUUUUCUGACCACUAUGAAGCAAAUGAUAACAUCUGUUCUGUUAAUUGUUUAACGAUUUCAGAUAUCACACCUAGGUGACAAGAGUCCUUUAAUGGGCGGAAAAAAUUUCACAAAGCCUUAAUGUCAGAGCCAGAGUGUCGGAUUUUGUAUAUAAUUUCAAAUUGCUUCUGUAAUGUGUAGUUUGUAACUGUUUUUCUUUUCUGUGAGGAACUUCUUCAUGAACAUCAUGGUUUUUAAUUCUGGAUUUCUAUAGGAGAAGUCAUCUGCAUCACUAAAGAUGGUUACAAGUUAUAUAAUAAAUAUCAAAAAACUUGUUCCUGUUCAAAUAUGCAUGCUUGGAUUUUGUAUUUGUCACAAGAGUCUAC